GAAGCUCUCAGUUUGAAAUUAAGAUGAGAUUACGUGUUGUCGUACAACAAAUUAUUCUGACACCAUUCUGUCUUCAUUCUACUCUGGUUACAGAGCCAAUUAUAUCCCUAAACUCAUGGGAAAAAGAAAUGUUUUCGUAAUUGGAAGCUAUUAUGGAAGAGGAUUUAAGUCUAUCUCAUAGCUGCACACCACCCGAACCACCAGUUCGAUCUUCCAGCACUAUGCAUCGACAUCCCUUGAAGGUUGCACCCAAAAAACCACUCCCAGAUCUGCCAAAGAAAGCCGGAAGAAGCAGAAUUAGAUUAUUCAGGUUACCUAAACUGACUAGUGAUCCGAAAAUUUCUUCUCCGUUAUGUGUUAGUCAUGAACUACACGUGGUCUAUGAUGAAAAUACCGGAGAAUUCAGAGGAAUGCCUGAGGAGUGGUUGGAAUGGUUACAUGCCGCUAAUAUAUCAUUUCAAGAGCGUGAGCAAAACCCAGAGCUCGUUAUCGAAGUUUUGCAGUGUUACGAUACGGCUAAACAUCGGGCUAGGAGACAAAAGUUUAUUAUGACGGAAGAACAUUGCUGGGAAAAUUUUGAAAAUACCACUUCAUCUGUAUGCCAUCAGUUUAUAAAUAAUGAAGUUUCUGCUAAUCAUAGAUGUAGAAACUUUCAACAUAAUUCAACUGAUUCAACUUCUUCAAAUGCAAUAUCUGGAGAUUCACCAUGUUCUGAUCUUUCUAUUCCUAAUUCAUGUCAAUUUUCUUGUACGUCAACAACAAAAGAUAUUCCGCCAACAGCACUACGACGACCACCACCUGUUCCACCUCAUUAUUCCGUUACUCAUCGACAGGAUGGAGACAAGAAUUUAGAGAUAGAUAAAAAUAAUAAGGAAGUUCUAACUACUGAACGAACAAAAUCUGACUCGCAUUUGGAACAGAAAUCGCUAUCUGGAAAUGAUAUUUGUUUUGUCGAUGCUAAUGUAGAUUCGGAACAUGAAUCAAUAUCCUUUCAGAUUUUAAAUCUUCACCACCGUUUUAAGGCUUCAAAUGAAUGUAUUGACUGUGAAUCCAUCCGCAGUUAUUCCAAUAUAUUUUACAGCUCAUUGCCAUUAGAUGAAACAAAAGAGAUAGAAAAACUAGAUCGAAAGGAAUCAGCUUUUCAAAUGAUUGAUCAUGCUAAUGACAAUGAUGAAAAAUCUGAUAAGAAAAGCACAUGUGAAACAGAUUUGUGCACAGAGCAGACAUUCAAUAAUGCUUUGCUUGGAAGUAGUCUUAAUGAAACAAAUAGAUUCAUAAUCGAGGAGGAGCCCUACGGUGUGGAAGAAAUCGAGGUUUACGAAUCAGAAAAAGUGUCUGAUAUUAUCUCUACUAAUAGGACAUGUCAGCCUGUCACUGAGAUGGAGAUUAGUUCACAAAAUCAUUUAUCUUUAAUAAGUUCGACUAAUUGGCAAAUAUUUUGUUGUAUUAGCGAAGCGGCAUUUACGUCAAAUAUCACAGAUUCAUCAUCAACUGGUCUGCAGAUUUGCUUGGCUCAACCAGAAUUGGAUGAAGAUACUCAUCUAACUGAAUCAAUACAAGCUGAUCAAAACGAAUCACAUACUUCCGAAGCUACCCAAAAGCCUAUAUUUCCUGAUAACAGUUCAAAUGUUUCACAAUCAACUUCAUCCGUUGAACUGAAAAGCAUAUCUGAAAUGUUAUCAAAUGACGAAAACAUAACCACUACCUCUGAACUCCAUUCGGAAUCAGUUGGUCCACAAAGAGGCCGUACGGUUACAAGAUGCAAUGUUGUCCAAAGUAGAACAAAGCGCUCUGCAGUUCACUCAGGAAGACAGUCAGCAGCGAGCUUGAAAAACUCUCCUAAACUUCUGGCUAUCAACAGAAACCUGGAACCCGCAAUUACUCCCAGUGACACAAGUUCUCCAGAUGAUGGGACCGGAUUUCAAAACCCCAAUCCCCCAGUUUGUCUAGUUUCUCGGCAUUCCCCAAGUUGCCGUAGCAGAAUUCGUAUGCGUGAUGAACAAAUUAUUGCUAGGUUAAGGACAAUUGUUAGUCGGGGUAAACCUUCAGAAAAAUAUGAAACCCUUGGACGUAUUGGUCAUGGAGCUUCGGGUGUUGUUUAUAUCGGUCGAGAACUUCAGUCUGGGUGUCGUGUAGCUAUUAAACAGAUGAGUCUACGACAACAACCUAGAAAAGAAUUAAUCCUCAACGAAAUUUUGGUUAUGAGGACAUAUCGAAAUCCAAAUGUAGUCAAUUACUUAGAUAGUUAUUUACUAGGAGAUGAAUUGUGGGUCGUAAUGGAAUAUUUAGAUGGUGGUUCAUUAACUGAUGUCAUUACAGAAACAUGUAUGAGUGAAUCACAUAUUGCUACAGUUUGUCGUGAAACUUUACAAGCUUUAAAAUUUUUGCAUAGCAAACAUGUAAUACAUCGUGAUAUAAAGUCUGAUAAUAUACUCUUAGGGUUAGAUGGUUCUGUAAAAUUAACAGAUUUUGGAUUUUGUGCACAAUUAUCUGCUAAAAAUGAUGAUUUUAAACGAACUACAAUGGUUGGUACACCUUAUUGGAUGGCACCUGAAGUAGUUAGCAGAAAACAAUAUGGUCAUAAAAUUGAUAUUUGGUCAUUAGGUAUAAUGACAUUGGAAAUGUUAGAAGGUGAACCACCUUAUUUAAGUGAAAAUCCUUUAAAAGCAUUAUAUUUAAUAGCAACUAAUGGUAAACCAGAUUUUCGUAAAGAUAAUCUUAGUCCGGAAUUAUUAAACUUUCUUGACAGAUGUUUAGAAGUGGAUGCUCAAUCUCGUGCUAACGCAUCUGAACUAAUUGAACACCCGUUCAUACAACAGAAUGCUCGCCCAGUGAUAACUUUGAUUCCACUCAUUCUAUUAGCAAGAGAACAAGCUCGUUCUGUUACAGAAUCAUAAAUCCUUGAGCCUAUUAAAUUGUGUAAAUCUAUAAUCCUGGUUCAACGUUUGUGUAUAAAAAAGGUUACAGAAUACUUUGCUGUAUUUUUAAAAAAAAACCACUGCUUGUACGUAUAGAUUGCAUUUUCAGUUUUAAAUAAUAUGUUCAAGAAAUUUUCUCACUUUAUGAGUGAUAUCACUGCUCCCACUAUUUUACAUUUCGGUUAUUGUAAAGAUUAACUUCUGUUUUGCUUCAUACUUUAUCAUAAUCCCAAUAAUAAACGAGUUGCGCUUCUAAUAUUUUUUUAGUAUCUUAUACGUUAUAUAGAUAGAGUUCCUGGAUUUAUUUGUUUGAUUAUACUAAAAGAUAAUGACGAACACUGGAUUUUUAUAUUGUAUAUUUGACUGUUGUUACAUUACUGCUUUUGUGAUCAAUCUAAGAAAACAAAAACACUUUUAACCGAUUAUCGUAUUUUUUUAAUAUGAAAACAAAUGUUUUUUUUCUUAAAUAUUACCUUGCACUAACAACACUUAUUUAACUGUAAGAGAAAGAAUGAAUUAAAACAAAAAUUGCCUUAUAAAGACACAUUUAUUUAAUUCCAAUUUACUCAAACUAAUUUUAUAAGGUGAACUUUUAUUCACUAGACGACUAUUUAGUUAUUCCUUUGAUUUUUUUGUUAUUUUAAUUAAUGCUUCCCUUUGUGCAAUUUCAUCUGGAAACUUACAUCGAUGUGUAUGUCUUGUAUACAGACAAAAAUACAUUAAUUCAAUUUAGCAUAAUACAAAAACUGAAUGACAGUUGCCAGAAGUAACCAUUAUAUUUAUCAUUUUAUUAUUAUUCAUUCCAAACAGAAUAAUUAUUUCCAUGUAAUUUAAAAAGAUUUCAUUGUACAAUCGAAAUUGAUUUUAUCAGUUUCUGAAUACACGUUACAUAAACUACUAUUAUUAUUGUGUCAUUAAUAGUAACAAUUGUAUUCUUUUUUUUUGCCAAUUAAAAUUCUCGCUUAGUGACUAUCCGUUAUAAUCACGUUUUAUAUAUGAUAGACAAUUUGUACAGUUUGAUUUUCAUUUCUAUGAAAUCAUCAGGAUGGGGAAAACAACUCUUAAUUUAUUGGCUUGUUAUUCAAGAAAUGCGAACUUUUAAUGAUAAGUUUAUCAAUAAUUCUGGAAAAUCAAACGUUUUAGUAAUAUUUACGAGGCGUUUUGAAUUAAGUUUAUUGUGUUGAAUCGUGGUACACGAUGACUUUGGACGAGUGCAGACUCCGUUGGUAGUUGUCUAAUCUAUAUAAAAAAAGACUCGAAUUGCAUUUGUUCAAAUGUUAAGAUUAAGAUAAAUCAUGACACGAUCAAUGACUUUGACAAUCAGUUUGUUUUGCAGAAAUGUUUAGAUAUACUUAGGUAAAACCACCAAAUUUUUAUCCACCGACACUAUUUUACUGACCUUGUAUACACAGAAACAAAGCUGUGAAUUUCCUUAGAAAACAAUUUAGAACGGAGACAUACACGAAGAUAUCCGUAUUCCAAUUUUAAUAAUUCAGUGCAUCGAUCAAUGAAAUAUUAGUAAGUUUAUAACUAAGUGGGUGAAAGAUAAAUCCUCCGACAUGCAAACUAUUUUCGGAAACUUCCACUCGAUAAUGUCAGAUUAUAUAUAACUAACAAUCAUGGUGCCAAUUUAUGGUAUUCUAGAUCGGUCCAAAUGAACAGCCCUAAAGACUACAUUCCUUACACUAUUUCAAUUUAUUCAUGUUGUUAUUUUAAUAAUCAGAUGAUCCAAAAAGAAACAAUAAAUUCUUUCUCGGACUGCAAAAAUGAUAAACACAAAACAAAUAGAAACGAAUAAUCUUGUUGCAGUUUCUCAUAAACCUCCAAAUUACUCUAACUUUGACAUUUUUAGAAAGUAGGUUGGGAAACUACCAACCAACUUUAUUAAUUCCCGAUUAAUUUGUAUAAAUUCUUCUUUCAGAGUUACUAUAACUAACAAAGUUGUAACUACAAAAUAUUGUUGUGAUGGUCAAACAGCCUAGAAACAUUCGAAAACGAGGAUUCGGUCAUUCAUAUUGAUUGUGGAAAGUGAAAUUUAGAAUAUAGACACCACCGUCAGGUCUACUAUCAGUCAGUCAGUCAGUGAAAACGUAGAACUUCAUACGUGCAUACAUCAGUUCGAGUUGCCACACCACAUUAGCACAGAGAUGCAGUGGUCGAUUCAAAUCCCACAGUGGUAGAGGUAGUAAAAGUACAAACAGUAAUCGGAAAGAUCAGGGACUGAAGAUGUUAUUCAAGCAGUAUAAUCCAGUAAAAUAAAUUUAGAAAGAGAAAAAAGAGACAAGGAGGAAUCAGGAGAUUAGAAUUUGGAAGAACACAAAGAGUGUACGCACCUGCGCCAUUCCAAACGAUUUUGAACCAUGCCAUUCAAGGUCUCUAACCAUCGGUUGCUAUCAUCUCGCGGUCCCCAACCAGGUAGUCUACACCCAUGAACAUGACUCAAUCCACUUGUCAGUGACUUCAUGGACUUGUGCCAUGUUUUGGUCUGGCCUCCCCUAGCUUUCUCCCAACCUACUCAUACACCACAAAACAUAGCACGUCGGGGCAGUCGGUCGUUGGGCAUACGUAACACGUGUCCCAGCCAUCUCAACUGAUGAAGUUUCACUACGUCAUCAAUUGAUUUGCCAUCCUUACCUAGUACCCGUUUCCUAACAACUGCGUUACUUACUCGAUGGUCCCAGGAUAUACGAGCAAUAUUUCGAAGACACCUAUGAUCAAAU